ACUACUCAGUCAAAAAGACUUUCCUUGGGGCAGGGCAGGAAAGCUUUGAAGUGGAUUUCUCUCAUGAGGGACCAGCUUUUCUCACAUGGCACAGGUACCACCUGCUACGUUUGGAGAGAGACAUGCAGGCACUGAGAAUGGGCCAAUUAGGAGAAAUCCGGCAGGAAAUGUGGCUAGACCAAUGGUGCAACGUCUUCCUGAACCACAGGAUGUCGCUCAGUGCUUGGAAGUUGGUUUAUUUGACACACCUCCUUUUUAUUCCAAUUCUACAAAUAGUUUCCGAAACACCGUAGAAGGUUACAGUGAUCCCUCAGGAAAGUAUGACCCUGCUGUUCGAAGCCUUCACAAUUUGGCUCAUCUAUUCCUGAAUGGAACAGGAGGACAAACCCAUUUAUCUCCAAAUGAUCCUAUUUUUGUCCUCCUGCAUACUUUCACUGAUGCAGUCUUUGAUGAAUGGCUGAGGAGAUACAAUCCUGAUAUAUCCACAUUUCCAUUGGAAAAUGCCCCUAUUGGACAUAAUAGACAAUACAAUAUGGUGCCAUUCUGGCCUCCAAUUACCAACACAGAAAUGUUUGUUACUGCUCCAGACAACCUGGGAUAUACUUAUGAAGUUCAAUGGCCAAGUAAGUAUUGAAAAUGUAUUUUUACUGUGAUGAUUUCCAAAGGCAAAUUUGUUCUCU